CCUCUCUCUCUACCUCUCUUCAUUUCUCUCAACUUCCUCUUCACACAACACAACACAUCACAUAAGCGUACUCACAUCACUGCUUCUAUCACCGAACUCACAAAUUCACAUCACUGCUUUCGUCACCGAACUCACAUCUCACUGCUUCCAUCACCAAACUCACAACACUCACAAUCAUAUCACUCUGCUGGCAUUACAAUGUCUCGCCCUCUCGAUCCAUUCGCUGAACUGUGGCAGCACGAGCGCGAGCAGAUGUCUCGACUGAACCCCCCCACUAGGCGUCUUCCUCCCGGUUUGUCCGAUAUCAAUAUCUCCGCUCAGCCAAACUUCAUGCGUGAUAACACCUCACUCCUCGCCAAUGGGCCUGGACCCAAGCUAGGCAAUAUCCAUUGUCCCAGCCGGAGCGACCCUGACUGGUUCCCAACAACAAGCCGGUACGACAAUCCUGACUCACCUCUAUUUCGUCCCACUGCACCAGAUUCGGCUGGACCUUCAAGGAAUGCAUUUGCUCCACGUCCAUUUGGUGUUGAUGAAACCAGCACUUCGCAAAAUGUACUCGCUUCACGACGUUUUGGUCUCAAUGAACCCAGUACUUCGCAAAAUGCGUUCGCUCCACAACGCUUUGGUCUAAAUGAACCUAGCACUUCUUUUGCUCCACGUCCAUCUGGAAUUAAUGCACCCAGUACUUCGCGAACUGUAUUCGCUCCACGUCCAUCUGGACUCAACGAGCCCAGCACUUCGUUUGCUCCACGUCCAUUUGCACUCGAUGAACCCAGAAAUUCGCGAAAUGUGUUUGCUCCACGUCCAUUUGGUCUUAAUGCACCCAGCACUUCGCGAAAUGGAUUCGCUUCACGUCCCUUUGGUCUCACUGGUGAAGCUAGCACUUUGGACAAUACCUUUUAUCACAGUCGGCCGAGAGUCCAACUUCACCCUAUGCCUGGCACAGAAGAAGAGAAGUUUAAGAAGCUUGAGGCCACAUUUUUGGCCGGCAAAGGGCAGGAUUCCUCGAGUACCGCGACUCGCAAGAGACCACUAGAGAUAUCUGACGAAGAUGACGAAUGUCCUUAUAGACCGCAACAAUCUCAAAACACUCCGUACGGUCUAACAAUUGCCAAGUCAUGCCCACCUCUUGAGCAGAAGGAGGCAACGGACAUGCAUACUUUGGUUUCAGAUACGGCACGUAUCGAACAUCCCUCGCAUGAAUUUACUCUGCGUGUUCCUACUACUCCCCAAGUCCGUCCACCCGGCAGUUGGCCGGAAACAACCUCAGCAGCAACACGGUUUGCCGACCUCACUAACAACUAUGUACCGGAGCAAGCUCUUAACCCUGCUUCAAGCUGGGCUGGGUUGACAGCGCGCUUGACGCGUGUCGUUGGUAACAACAUGACCAGGCGUGCUAACAACACCGCUAGAGCUGUGCGUGGUGUUGGUAACCACAUCACCCAGCGUGCCACCAAAACCGCUAGGGUUGUGCGUGUUAUUGGUCAUGAUAUAAGUCAGCGUGCUACCAUCACCGCCCGACGAGCUGUGAAUGUUGUUGGAACCUUCAAACGUCGCAUUCAGCAAGUACUCCACAGAGAUACAAAUGAGCAUGGUUCUGAAGAUCACCGAAGAGGACCACCUGCCGAUUCUGAUAUGCCGUCGCUUGACGCGGCUUCUGUUGUUGUUGAUGAUGUUUUGAGUCCAGAUGUGCUGGAUGCCACCCCCGAGCCGCUCCAUCCUGUUGAAAUGCCGUCGCCGGCGGACGGUAUUUUCGAACUUGUCGAGAUUAAUUUUAGUGGUUUCAACUUUUGGUCUAGCCGUUCCGAUUCCUCAGAUACACCCAGCUCUGGUUCGGCCACCAAGCCCAAGUCUUUGAAACGUGCCGCACCCGAAUCCGAAGACACAGUCCAUCCUUCCAAGAAGUUUGAGACCCGAGCUCCGAUGGCCUUCUCUCCCCUUCGCACACGCACCUCAUUUGUGCGUAAAAUGUUUCCACCUGCUCACGUGGGGAGUCUUGCAGUCGCAGAGGCAAUAGAAGCCCAUCGUGCAGGAGAUCCCAUGCCACUCAAGCGCAUCAAUUACAGGAGACGAGCAUAUUUUCUCCCAUUCAUUCGCAUUCCUUCCACCGAGGUGAAGGAAACUGCUAGCCAAAGAUCCAAGACGGCACAGUCUCAAGAGGUGAAAACGAAGAGUAUUUUGAAGACCAGCAGUAACGCUGUGGCCUCAUCUUCGAAGUCUUCUGUGAUCGAUGCGACUACCGUCAGCUUUUCUGAUGCCAAUCAUGAAAAGCAUACGCCAAAGCCGAAGCCCUCCCGCAAAGUUCACUUUCCUAACUCGCCUGUGACAGGUGAGCGUAUUAUAACACCUCGCAAUGCGCCUCAUGCCCCAUGGACACCGUCACCGUCACCGUCACCGUCACCGCCAAGGGCACGAAUUGGACAUCUCCAGCAUCUUCUCGAUGCGCACGCGAGAAAUAUCCUUUCCAGCGAAGAAACCGAUGUUAAAGCUAUUACCGAUGAAGAGCAAAAGGAGAACAUUGCUCCUAUGGCUCCUGAUACCACGCCCCGCGAUUUGAUGAGCACUGAAGUUACGCCCCGCGAUAUGUUGAGCAAUGAGUACAUGAGAACCGAAGACACGAAUAUCGAACAAGUGAAUACCAAUCAGACGACUGCUGAUGAAGUGAUCAGCCAUGAAGGUAGAUCUGUUAUUGCACAGGAAAGCAAUAUGCUCUCGCAGGAUCCCUCUACACAGGAGGCAGAGCAACACCCCAUGGGUCGAGCACUUUCUGCGCUGGAGAGCGACCGUGGCGGAAAACGAGGAAAAAGAGGGAAAAAGAAGAAGGCAGAGCCAGCAACGCCCACCCGCAAGAAUCCUCCUCGAGCGGCCCGCAGUGCGACCCCUAAGCGCUAAGUGGAUUAAACGCCUUGAAGACACCAUGGCUGGGCCACCGUCGAGGAAGGUCGCCACUACACUUUCGGGAGAGACAUUGACGACACGAGAUCUGGCAACCUGCUAUACACCGUUGGAGUGGCUGAAUGACGAAGUGAUCAACGCGUACAUGGCAUUAAUUAUCGACUACUUGCGAAGAACCAACAACAACUCUGGGCGGCAUGACAAGCCGCGAUACCACGCAUUCAAUUCUUUUUUCUUUUCCAAUUUGCGAGACAAGGGAUACGAGUCUGUCCGCAGGUGGGCGACACGGGCCAAGAUUGGAGGCAAGGCUCUCCUCAACGUCGACACGGUGUUUGUGCCUAUCCAUGACAAAUCUCACUGGACACUCAUCGUGGUCAAGCCGUGCGAUCGCACCAUCGAACACUUCGAUUCCCUGGGGGGCUUGAACAGGCGCCAUGUAAAUCUCAUCAAAACAUGGCUGGGG